AUGAUGCUUGCUCGAUUUGUAUUUCGAUCUCAGUCGAGACCUUUUGUCUCUGCUCGGCAAUCUGCUUCGUGCUGCUCUUACAGCUCUUCUUCUUCGUCGGCAGCUUCAGCUGAAGCUGAAAGGACGAUUCGAGAUGGUCCCAGAAAUGAUUGGAGUAAAGAUGAAAUCAAGGCCGUUUAUGAUUCUCCUGUUCUUGAUCUCCUCUUCCAUGGAGCUCAGGUUCAUAGAAAUGUUCAUAACUUCAGGGAGGUACAGCAAUGUACUCUCCUCUCCAUAAAGACUGGUGGCUGCAGUGAAGACUGCUCAUAUUGUCCUCAGUCCUCAAGAUACAGCACUGGAGUCAAGGCACAAAGACUCAUGUCCAAGGACGCUGUCAUUGAUGCAGCUCAAAAGGCAAAAGAAGCUGGUAGUACACGUUUUUGCAUGGGUGCUGCGUGGCGAGAUACAAUAGGACGGAAGACCAACUUCAACCAAAUACUUGAAUACAUCAAAGAAAUAAGAGGCAUGGGGAUGGAGGUUUGCUGCACACUGGGCAUGAUUGAGAAGCAACAAGCUUUAGACCUAAAGAAGGCUGGUCUCACUGCUUAUAACCACAAUCUUGAUACUUCAAGAGAGUACUACCCAAACGUCAUCACCACUAGAAGUUAUGACGACCGCCUUGAAACUCUUGAGCAUGUUCGUGAUGCUGGAAUCAACGUCUGCUCAGGAGGUAUAAUAGGGCUUGGAGAGGCAGAGGAGGACAGAGUAGGUCUAUUACACACACUGGCGACACUUCCUUCUCACCCUGAGAGUGUUCCCAUUAAUGCUCUCCUUGCAGUGAAAGGCACUCCUCUUGAAGACCAGAAGCCGGUUGAGAUAUGGGAGAUGAUCAGGAUGAUUGGAACAGCAAGAAUCGUAAUGCCAAAAGCAAUGGUGAGGUUAUCCGCUGGUAGAGUCAGGUUCUCGAUGCCGGAGCAAGCUCUGUGUUUCCUUGCUGGUGCAAACUCAAUCUUCACCGGAGAGAAGCUGUUAACGACACCAAACAAUGAUUAUGACGCUGACCAGCUCAUGUUCAAGACGUUAGGACUCAUUCCUAAACCCCCAAGUUUCUCUGAGGAUGAUUCCGAAUCAGAAAACUGCGAGGAAGUUGCUUCUGCUUCUCACUAA